CCUUGAGCGCCGCCAUGUUUUUGUACGGUGGAGGCGCAAAGCACGCUGGGUCCGCUUGGUGUGGUUUUGAAGGCGUGGACGGCGGGAACUCUCAACCUUGGCCUGGGUGAGCGAGAGGAGAGGAGCAAGGAAAUCUGAGUCCCUAUUAAGGCUUGCCUGCGCAACUUCAUAGGAAGGCCUGUGGGAAUCCGAGAUGGAGUGGGCGAAUGACAAAUCCAAAGGAGGUGUUUUAGCUCACCUGGAAAGACUAGAGAUGCAAACGAAGAGAUCCUGUAAAAACUUAGAAGAUAUGCAGAGAGAGACUGUAGAGAGCGCUCUUGGGACCAAGAUUCAUCAACUGCAGGGUCUGCGCGAUAGGCUCAGAGCUGAAGUGAAACACCGUCAAGCCAGAGUUAAAGCAUCUACUGCCAGUGUAGAACCCGACCAAACAUUGGAGGUCGAUGAGCAAGAAGCUGUGGAAGGAAAACAGGAAAAUAUGAAAGCCAUUCUGCAGGCAUAUCGUUUUACAGGGCUCAGUGGGAAACUGACCAGCCGCGGGGUCUGUGUCUGCAUCAGCACUGCUUUUGAGGGAAAUCUGCUGGAUUCCUAUUUUGUUGACCUUAUCAUACAGAAGCCACUUCGGAUACAUCACCAUUCAAUUCCGGUCUUCAUUCCCCUAGAGGAGCUCUCUGCAAAGUACUUACAGACUGAUAUUCAGCACUUCCUGUUCUGUCUCUGUGAAUACCUAAAUGCUUAUGCCGGAAGGAAGUACCAGGCAGAUCAACUUCAGAGUGACUUUGCAGGCUUUCUGGCUGGGCCCUUGCGGAGAAACUCGCUGUGCAACUUGCUGUCGUUUACUUACAAAGUGGAGGCAGAUGGUCAGUCGUUCCCAUUUUGUGCUAGACUGCUGUAUAAGGACCUCACAACAACCCUUCCGACUGACGUCACCAUUACGUACCAAGGGACGGAUGCAUUGUCCACUUCGUGGGAAGAACAGCGAGCAUCCCAUGAAAAUCUAUUUUUAACAAAGCCCCUGCAUCAAGUGUUUACUUCGUUUACAAGAAAAGGAGAAAAGUUGGAUAUGAGCCUGGUCUCCUAGAAUAUUAUUUUCAUUGGGAGCACAUCAAAAGUAAAAGGAGAUAUUGCACUUUCUGCUCUCACGACUAAGGUGGCAGGGGUUCCAGAAGAACCAUUCAAGAUUAUCAGGAACACGAG